UGCUAGGAUCUCACUCUUCCUGGGAUGUUGAAGAGAGCAGUAGUAUAGGUGGAAUCCUAGCCAACCCUAAGAAACAGGAUUAACCUCACCAGUUCUCCUGGGAACCUUUGAUUCAUUUGGUUUGUUUUCUGAAACAUUGAUUCUUUGGUCACAGAUUGCAGUGAUGCCUGUUUCUGGAACACCUGCUCCAAACAACAAGAGGAAGAAGCCUUUGAAAAUCAUCACAGAUUUUUCAAACAUCUCACAACAUGACCAGCAAGAUGAGGAUUCUGCAGCUGCUGAACUGGACUUGGGGACCAAAAUAAAAGCCCCUAAAGAUGUGAUCUUGGAGGAACUGUCUCUCAUGAAGAACAAGGGCUCCAAAAUGUUCAAGAUGAGACAGCAGAGGGUGGAGAAAUUCAUCAUCAGUGAUGAGAACCUGCUAAACCUCCAGAACCUGGCUCCUUCUCUGGGAUGUGAAAUGGCCACUUCACCCGAACCAUCUCCCAAACCAGAGCCACCUCAAGAGGAAGUAAAAGCUGAGGCAGAGAAGGAAAAGAGGCAACUUGAGUCUGUUAAAACAUAUGUAUCACCAUGGGAACGUGCUAUGAAAAAUGAUGAGGAACUUAAAGAAACCAUGAAGCUGAAAAUGCCGGGGCCUAAAGUUCACAAGGAACUUCCCAAGUACAAGAGUUUCAACAGAACGGCUCUACCCUUUGGAGGACUGGUGAAGGCCUCUCAGCUUGUCACCUUUGAGCCCCCAGAAGUCAAGAUGACUGAUGAAGAGCCACAGCAAGUGUCUGUAUUGCAGUAUAACCUUAGCUGUCGUCCUUCUUUCAACCGCACUCCGAUUGGCUGGACGUGCAAUGAGGAGCACAGCCACAUCCACAUGGAGCUGGAAAACCUCCCCUUUGAUGGAGAGACUGACGACCUCUAAGAAACCUGCCCAUCAUAUGUGAACAACAUAUACACAAAAAACAACAUACAUGCUCUAAUGUGAAGGCCAAGUACACAUGUGUAAGCACAAACACAAACCAGCAAACAGGGACCUUAUGCACUCACACCCCAAAAAAUAUGACAAGAGAAUGGAAUCAUCUUUGCCUUUUCUCGCAUUGUUUUGUGUGCUGUUUACUUUGGAAACCCAUCACUGCAUGUUGUGAUUAGCUGGUUCAACUGUUACCAGACACACUAUGCCUAAAUGACUGUACUGAUAUUUAAGAUAGACAUAUGAUAGACAUAUGACUAAAUAAUAAGCAAAAAUUUAGCACUAAAAUAAACAGUUAUACCUAAACAGAA